GAAGGAAAAUUAAACAUCGAGAAAAUGGCGUCGCGGCGUGUGUUGCAAGAUGAUUUACGAAAUGUUGAAUUCGAAACGAGCGAAGAAGUUGAAGUUACACCGACGUUUGAUAAUAUGGGCCUUCGAGAAGAACUUUUGAGAGGAAUUUAUGCAUAUGGAUUUGAGAAACCAUCUGCUAUUCAGCAAAGAGCAGUGAAGCCUAUAGUUAAAGGAAGGGAUGUCAUCGCACAAGCACAAUCAGGCACUGGUAAAACUGCUACCUUUUCUGUCAGCAUACUGCAGUGCUUGGAUACACAGGUUCGAGAGACGCAAGCCUUGUGCCUUUCUCCAACUCGAGAGCUUGCUGUUCAGAUCCAGAAGGUUAUCCUUGCCCUGGGUGACUACAUGAAUGUUCAGUGUCAUGCUUGUAUUGGUGGUACUAACAUCGGAGAAGACAUGAGGAAGCUUGACUAUGGACAGCAUGUUGUAUCAGGAACACCAGGAAGAGUUUUUGACAUGAUUCGUCGAAGAAACCUGCGUACACGGUCAAUUAAAAUGUUGAUACUGGAUGAAGCAGAUGAAAUGUUAAACAAAGGAUUCAAAGAACAGAUCUAUGAUGUCUACAGAUAUUUGCCUCCAGCCACACAAGUCCUUUUAAUAUCUGCUACAUUGCCACAUGAAAUUCUGGAGAUGACAAGCAAAUUCAUGACAGAUCCCAUCAGAAUAUUGGUCAAACGUGAUGAGUUGACACUGGAGGGCAUCAAACAGUUCUUUGUGGCGGUGGAGAGGGAGGAGUGGAAGUUUGACACACUCUGCGACCUUUACGACACACUCACAAUCACGCAAGCUGUCAUCUUCUGCAACACCAAGAGGAAGGUUGACUGGCUGACGGAGAAGAUGAGAGAAGCCAACUUCACAGUGUCCUCAAUGCAUGGUGAUAUGCCACAGAAAGAGAGAGAUGGAAUCAUGAAAGAGUUCCGAUCUGGUGCCAGCCGUGUAUUGAUCACAACAGACGUUUGGGCUAGAGGAAUAGAUGUGCAGCAGGUUUCACUGGUGAUCAACUAUGACUUGCCAAACAACAGAGAAUUGUACAUUCACAGAAUUGGUCGAUCUGGUCGUUUUGGCCGAAAGGGUGUUGCUAUCAACUUUGUGAAGAAUGACGACAUCAGAAUUCUGCGAGAUAUUGAACAGUACUACUCAACACAGAUUGAUGAAAUGCCCAUGAAUGUUGCUGAUUUGAUCUGAAGAAGGAAGAAUGUGCUUAAAAUGCACAAUCUGUUGGGUGGGACACACAGAAGACUCUGAUUUAGAGAGCACAGUGUUGGAUUUAAAACAGUAUUGCUCUCUUGUUUACAUGGGUACUUGUGGCUUUGUGGACGUUUUAACAACUGAACUGUGCAGACAUUGCUCUGUGGUACUUCACCUGUGUAACUUUGGUGUAAUGGAAUAUUAAGCAACCAGAAACAACAUUGUCAAAAUCUAGCUUGUUAACCUGGGUUUUAAUAAUUGUAUCUUAAGGUGUAAAAUUUAUGUAGAUCAUUUCUAAGCAUCAUAUAGUUCUGGCGAUGAUAAUAGUCAACCAGUUGUCUGUACAAAAAUCUAGUUUUUUUCAAACAAUUCCCAGCCUCUUUCACCCACAAUCUCAUUUGAACAAAAUGUUAGGUCAUUAAUUUUCUCAGCUGUUUUAAGUGUUUUGAUUUUCACAUAUCACUGAGCACAUUAUAAGUUCCGUAUCAUCAUGUGUUCAACUAUUUCAUAUGCACUCGAAUUAAUUCAGCCUUUUUAGUGCUGCUUUAUUUUUCUGUUUUGUCAUUGGAGAAAAUGUAUACUGAAAGUUUUGUUGUAAAUACCAGUAGUUAAUUAAGCAUUUCGAUUGGUUAUGACAUCAGUUUUACAUAUUGCUUAGAACUGUUUUAGAAAAUAUCACAUUGGAGUGGGUUGAGUAGCGUGGGUGCAUUGUUUUUCAAAUCCAUCGCCUACAAAACAUGACGUAAUCUUACUUAUUUGCAUAAAAAUCGUUAUUGAAAAUGGGGUUUUAAUUAUGUGAUACCACCCUUCUCCAGUGUGAUAAUUUCUGGAACAGUUUCAACAACAUAUAAUGUAUCAGGGGUGCUUACUUGAAAUAUUAUGGUGGGGAGGGGGGACUAAGAAAAAAAGCACACAGACCAAUUUGUAAAAAGAACCAAAUGAAAAUUUUAAAAUAAGUCGAGAAAAAAAGCUGUGGACUUUAUUUGUGGGUUGGGGUGGGUUUCCACCCUCAGCCCUGAUCCACCUCUGAAUAUUAGUUCUGUCAGAAAUCCAUUAUUAAUUUCAGUGAUGGUCCUCAAUGCUGCUGAUGUUUAUUUAUGUACAUGUAUUAAGCUACUGGUAUAUCGGAUUUGCUAAAAUUUGCUUUUUAUGAAAAUGUUAUUUAAUAAACGCUAAAGUUGAAGCAUUGUUGAGGAUUUAGUUCGGUAUAGGUAACAAUUUUAAAAACAAGUUAAUGCUAGUUGUAUAGUUCAUUCCUUGUGUAUCAUUUAUGUACAAAAAUUACACAAAGUGGGUUUUAACCUGUCCCUUCAUCCUUGUUCGUUUUAUCACGUCUCUGGUACAUGCCACCAUAGAAAUAAAAAAUUUAAUGUA